GCUCCCACUGGAAGCACUUCUCUCCUCAACUCCAUGUCUAUCAUCCAGAAUCCUGUCAAAGUCUGUAAUCAGGUGUUUUCCCUGAUUGAAAACCUAACCCACCAGAUUCGGGAACGGAUGCAGGACCCCAGCUCUGUAGACCUGCAGCUCUACCACAGUGAGACACUAGAGCUAAUGCUGCAGCGUUGGAGCAAACUAGAGCGCGACUUCCGGCACAAGAGCGGGCGCUAUGACAUCAGCAAGAUCCCUGAUAUCUAUGACUGCGUCAAGUACGAUGUACAACAUAACGGGAGUCUGGGCCUCCAGGGCACAGCCGAGUUGCUGCAUCUUUCAAAAGCUCUGGCCGAUGUGGUCAUUCCCCAGGAGUAUGGAAUCAGUCGGGAGGAGAAAAUGGAAAUUGCUGUGGGCUUCUGUCUUCCCCUUCUGCGGAAAAUCCUGCUUGACCUACAGAGAACCCACGAGGAUGAGUCUGUCAACAAGCUGCAUCCCCUGUACUCCCGUGGAGUGCUCUCUCCAGGGCGCCAUGUUCGAACACGUCUGUAUUUCACCAGUGAAAGUCACGUUCACUCCCUACUCAGUGUCUUCCGUUAUGGGGGACUUCUUGACGAGACCCAGGAUGCACAAUGGCAGCGAGCUUUGGCUUAUCUUAGUGCCAUCUCAGAGCUCAACUACAUGACCCAGAUUGUUAUCAUGCUUUAUGAGGACAACACACGGGACCCAUUGUCGGAGGAGCGGUUCCAUGUGGAGCUCCACUUCAGCCCUGGGGUGAAAGGUAUUGAAGAGGGCAGUGCUCCAGCUGGCUGUGGAUUCCGCCCAGCUUCUUCAGAGAAUGAGGAGAUGAAAGCAGAUCAAGGCAGCAUAGAGAACCUGUGCCCAGGGAAGACCUCAGACGAACCAGACCGAGCAUUGCAGACCUCUCCCCUACCUGUCGAGGGCACUGGCCUCCCAAGGAGGUCACCCCUCAUUCGGAAUCGAAAAGCUGGCUCCAUGGAGGUCAUGAACAUGCAGUGCACGGGGAACCUGGACCUGAUCCCCUUGAGGGGACGGCGCCGCAGGAGGUCAGGAGACCUCCCCCGGCUUUCCCCAGCCAUCGGCCUACAGCCCCGGGCUGUGUCCACCACUCACCUGGCUUCCUGCACACAGGUGCUGUCUGAGACUUCAUCUUCAAGGCCCGGUGGCUACCGGCUGUUUUCAUCUUCGCGUCCCCCAACAGAGAUGAAGCAGAGUGGCCUAGGCUCACAGUGCACAGGGCUGUUCAGCACCACAGUGCUGGGCGGCUCCUCCAGCGCUCCGAAUCUUCAGGACUACGCCCGCAGCCAUGGCAAAAAACUCCCGCCUGCCAGUCUAAAGCACCGAGAUGAGCUCUUGUUUGUCCCGGCCGUAAAACGAUUUUCUGUGUCGUUUGCAAAGCAUCCGACUAACGGAUUUGAAGGGUGCUCCAUGGUCCCUACCAUCUACCCCCUGGAAACACUACACAAUGCCCUUUCCCUGCGUCAAGUGAGUGAGUUCUUGACUAAAGUCUGCCAGCGCCACACUGAUGCCCAUGCACAGGCAUCUGCAGCCCUCUUUGAGUCUUUGCACAACCCGGCCUCAGACAGCCCGUUUUCCCCACCCCGGACUCUUCACUCCCCAACGCUGCAGCUCCGGCAUCGCUCUGAAAAGCCACCUUGGUACAGCAGUGGUCCUUCCAGCACCGUGUCCAGUGCUGGCCCUUCCUCUCCUACUGCAGCGGAUGGAAACUCACAUUUUGGCUUCAGUGAUCAGUCCUCUGUAAAUACACAUAUGACUGAAGAAAGCCAAGGCCUUGGGCUGCUCCAGGAGCCUCCUGGAGACAGAACACAAGAAUUCCCCGUAGAAAGACCCCAAGAGCUUGUGGAGCCCGAUCAGCCUCCUCAGGAGUCACCUGUGGAAACCAGCCCUCUAGGAGGCCAGGAUGUUGCUGAGGUCAGCCAGGUAUGCCAGGAGGUCCCAGAUGCCACCCAGACACGCUCUAACAUCCUUGAAGAGGUCCCUGACAUCAGCCAGCUGUUGCUGAAGAGCCAUGAUACUGCCCCCAGCACAUGCCAACCAUGGCAGGCCAGCCAACUGUCUCACAAGGCUUAUGAGGAAGUCGGCCAGCUUUGUCAAGACAACCCUGAGGAGAGUAACCAGCUGCGCCAGGAGGUCCCUGUGGAGCUGGGCAGGAUGGCCCAUGGAGGCCCUGUAAGCAUUGGUAGCAUGGUCCAGGAAACAGUUAAGGAAGUUGGCAGGCCAACCCAAGAGAUCCCUGAAGAGAUCGGCCCGCCAUACCAGGAAGUCUCUGUGGAGGUUGGCAUACUGGCUCAGGAAGUCCCUGCCAUCAUCGAGUUGUCUCAAGACAUUCCUGAGGCUGACAGACCAUCCCAAGAGCUCACUGAAGAGACUGAUCAGGACUCCAGGGAGGAUCUCCCCCAAGGCCAGGGUCCGUCUAGUGAUGUAAACACUGAAAGUCAGUCUGUGGCCCGUGACCAGCACUCAUCCCUUCCUCCAGCAACGUGUAAUUAGUGGCUUUCCCACUGGUGUCGUCCUCCACCAGCCAUCUGAGCCAGUAGCCUUUCUGUUGGCUGACACACCAGCCAGAGCAAGGCCUGGGCUCACAUCAGGGAUGUCUGAGGAAGCAGGUCUUCUGGCAUAAAACCUAUGCCUAACAGGAGCUAAUCUAUGUUCAAAGCAGCUAUUAGCUCUUCACUAGCUGUGGGGUAGGAAAUUGUAGAUUGUUCAAGGAAAUGCCACUUAACUGUUGAUACUGUUGAGGGGACAGCAAAUGUACAAUGGAAGGCAAAAGGCUUUCUGUUUGUUGAAGGAAAUAUUCACAGCUUCUUAAGGUACCCUCAGACCAUAUGUGCAUUCAAGGAAGCUCUUAUCUUCACUGUCACAGGCAGGCCCAGGGCAGCUGCCCGAAAUGUCUGCCGAAUAGAGUUGCCUUCUCGCAAACAUCUGUCAUGGCCACUCAUGGCUUAGAACGGGCUCAUGGGUGUUUCUGUAUAAUUGCCAAGUGCUCCCUCUGCCCUAGUCCUGCUCCUCUGGACAGUGACUCUAGAGAAAAGUAGAUAUUAGAUUGCCAUGCGACUUCAGGGUGACUACCUGCUCUGGGAGAUUUGGAUCAGUCUAUGAAGCUAGGCCUCCUUUUGUUGUGAGGCUGUUGGGUUUAGAAGAUGCUAUAGUAGAGAGAAUAAGUUCUAUUUUAAGCAAUUAGCAGAGAUCAAUGAUGUACAGACAUGAGCAAAGAUUUAAUAUAUAUAUAUAUAUAAACAUAUAUUUCUGUAGUUUGCCAGGGACAGACUGGCCAAAGAUCAAACACUCCAGGGUCCCCAAGUCAUUUGUCCUUAUAUCAUGUGUCUUUAGGACCAUAUAUGAUUAUGAAGCUUUUCCCAAAGAUUUAGGGGUAUGAGUGGGCGUGGAUAAUGCAGUCAUUGGAGUCAGGGGCUGGGACAUAACGAGUGCUCAAUAAAUACGAGAUAAUGAGAACACG